UUUUAUUUUAUUUUUUAUUACGAAAGAAUAGAUGGACGACGAUCAAUUAGAUCUCGAGCAAAUUUGUUCAUCACAAAGAUCUCAUUUUGAACAUAAAGAUGAAUUUAUGAAUUUGGUUGCAAUCAUCACUAGUGAAUCUCCAGAGCAAGAAAUCACUAAUGCUCUUCAUCGGAUUAGAGAUAUUCUUGAUUUAUACCAAGAACAGCCUCAUUUACUUGAUCAUACCUUGGAGGACAUGAUUCAGCCUGUCAUGAUAAGUCUAAGAAAGAAGAUGGAUGCUCCAGAUGAGUUAAAUCAAAACAUAAUCAUGUUGUAUCGUUUUUUGUAUCUUUUAACAAAAACUCGAGGAUAUAAAACAAUUAUCAAAUUUAUGUCGCAUGAAGUAACUGAUUUGGAACCUGUAUUUGAAUUUUUAUCUAAACUAGAUUCAACAAAAACAGAUCAAUGGGAAGUGCGAUAUAUUUGCUUUAUAUGGCUAUCGUUAAUAUGCAUGAUUCCAUUUGAUUUAAAGCGAAUUACUCAGGAUUCAUUGAUUGUUCGUAUAUUCGAAUUAUGCAAGAGAUACCUACGCUCGACUGGUAAAGAGCGUGAUGGUGCAAGUCUUUUAGUAGCUAGAUUACUUGCCAGACAAGAUAUAUGUUAUGAAUAUUUAAUUCCUUACAUUGUAUGGGCAAAGGAAAGACUAAGUUCAGAUGCAGAUGUUUUUGAAACAGCAGGUAUUCUUCAAAGUUUGUGUAUUACAUAUCAGUUAGCCCCUCGCGAAGUUUUAUUGGACACAUUGGACGAUGGUAUUGUACCCUUAUUAACUAUGCCAUUUUUUGAUCAAUAUGAAAAUAAUGCGCUAGUUCGUAAACUUCGUACAAAGUUAACACAACGUGUUGGUCUUUGCUAUUUAAGACCCAAAAUUGCAUCCUGGAGAUACCAAAGAGGUUAUCGAUCUUUACGUCAAAACUUGGAAAGUACUCAAUCAGAUAAUAUUGAACAUACAGCUAAUGAUUUGAGUGAUAAUAAUAAUGAUGAUGAUGAAGAAGAUAUAUCAGAUCAUCUUGAACUUAUUAUAGAGAUUUUAUUGAAUGGAUUAAGAGAUAAAGAUACAAUUGUUCGUUGGUCAGCUGCCAAGGGUAUUGGACGUAUCACACAAAGACUUCCUCAAGAAUUGGCAGAAGAUGUUGUAGGAUCUUUACUUGAGCUAUUUGAAGAAAAUACAUUGUGGAAUAAAAAUAAUGAAUUGGAUUUAUCUGCAGUAUCAGAUCAUACCUGGCAUGGCGCUUCACUUGCUAUCGCAGAACUAGCUAGGAGAGGUUUAUUAUUACCCGCAAGACUUCAGGAAACGAUACCUUGGAUCCUUAGAGGUCUUAAGUUUGAUAUAAAACGAGGCUCUCAUUCCAUUGGUGCACAUGUUCGUGAUGCCUGCUGUUAUGUUUGUUGGGCGUUUGCAAGAGCUUAUGCACCUCACAUAAUGAAACCUUAUGUAAAAGAAAUUGCGCAAAAUUUAGUCGUAGUUUCUGUCUUUGAUAGAGAGAUUAAUGUUCGUCGUGCAAGUAGUGCAGCAUUUCAAGAAAAUGUGGGUCGACAAGGUAUUUUCCCUCAUGGUAUUGACAUUAUUCAAGUUGCAGAUUAUUUUUCACUCGGCAACCGUAAUACCGCCUUUUUGAACAUUGCCUGUGUGAUUGCGAAAUUUGAUGAAUAUAGAUAUCAUUUGAUUCAACAUUUAAUAUCGGUUACUGCCAAGCAUUGGGAUAAGUCAAUGCGUGUAUUGGCUUCAAAGGCACUCUCUAAUCUUGUUUCUUUAGAUCCUAAUUAUUUCCUUACGCAUGCACUCCCAUACCUGGUGCCCAACGCAACAAGUAAUGAUUUGCAAGUAUCUCAUGGCGCCAUGCUUGCUAUUGCUGAAAUUUCUUUAGCUUUAUACGAGACAAGUAAUUCAGAGAUUAUUUCUCUUUAUCAAGAUAAUACCAGUAUAUUGGCACCCAUUGUGUCAAAUUUACCACCACGAUCACUUACAACUUUUGGAUCAGAACAUGUUCGAGAGGCUGUAUGUCAUUUAAUUACCUGUCUUUCCAAGACUCAUUUAGAAGCUACCCAUGUUUUAAGUGAUUGGAAAAGAGUUAUUCAUAGUUCAUUAGAAAGAAAAGAAGAAAGCGUUCAAGCAUACGCUGUUCUUGCAUUUGGUGCAGUCGCUGAAGCAUAUGGUAUCACUGAGGAGGAAGUAGAUGAAGCUAUAAGUAAAAUUGAUACAGCAAAUCCCAAUUAUUAUAGUAGACGUGGAUAUACACUUGCAUUAGGAACAAUAGAUUAUAAUAAAUAUAAAAGUUGGCUUCAUAAAGUAGUGAUUCAAUUAUGCAAAGCAUCCCAAGUUCAGGAAAACCCAAUUGCAAAUGAUGCUGAAGCUAAAAGAAAUGCUGUGAUAGGACUAAAUAGCAUAUUUUGUAAACUUGGAGUUAAUUUAAAAGCUGGUCUUUCUUAUGAUGAUUUCCAGUAUGUACUUGACACACUUGAGCGAUGUUUUAGUGACUAUAGUACAGAUCAGAGAGGUGAUGUUGGGUCAUGGGUUCGUACGGCCACGAUGGAACUUAUUGGCUAUUUAUUGCCCUGUAUAUCUAAACUAGAUCAUGAUAGUCAAGCCUAUCUAUCAAUGGAGCAUACAUCCAAAUUGGUUGCAUCUUUACUAAAACAAAGUGUAGAACGCAUUGAUAAAGUUAGAUCAAAUGCUGGUAAAGUCAUUUAUGAUUUGAUCUUUUGUAAUGAGUAUUUCAAAUGUCCUGGAAAAGAUGUUUUAAGACACUAUAUUAAACAAGAUUUAUCGUGGUCUUCACCUUCUGAUUUGUAUCCAGUCAUGGUACAAUUAUUAAAGAUACCUGAAUAUCGAUUUGAUCUUUUAACUGGUUUGAUAUCAAGUGCAGGUGGAUUAACAGAAUCAUUAGUACGUUAUUCCAGCUCUUGUCUCAUUGAAUACAUGGACCUCUUGCCAGUAUCGCACUCAGAAUUUAUACUAAGCGACAUUUUUAAUAUCUUACUCGAUAUUUUUGUCAAAUACGAAAAACAGGAUAGAGUAACCAUGCCAUUAUUAGAUGUCUUGGGGCUUUUAUAUGAAUCUGGAACCUUGACAAAAAUUGAACAAGAGAAUUUACAUUUGAAAUUGUUCACACUUGUUAGAAAGGAAGUAUUUAAAUGUCGAAAUAUCCGUAAAUUAUUAUCAGCCGUUAAAUUAUUCAUUGGAUUAAUGUCAGUUAAUAAUUCACAAGUAAAGACAAAGACACUUCAACAACUAUUGACUUAUCUUGUACAUUCAUUUCCAAGAAUCCGUAUUGAAGUAUCUGAGCAAUUAUUUACUCAAAUAUCAUUUUAUGAUGACGAUGAUGAGAAAGUGAUGGAAGUCCUUCAUAUUCUCACUGAAACUAACUGGGCUGGACCAUUAAAUGAUAUCAAGGAAGAAAGAGACAAAUUGUAUUCACUUCUAGACAUACCAAAGCCUAUUCUUGUUAAGAGAAAAUAACAAUAUUGCUAAUAGUUGAGAAAAAAAAAUAAAAAAGUGCUUUAUUGUACUUUAACCCCUCCCCCCAACAUACAAUCAUAUUUAGAGAUAUUAAUAAAUAACAUAAAACAAAUCAUUUCAGACCAAAUUAGAAAUGUCCUUUAUUCAUAUUUUAACCAAAGGCAAGGCAAUUAACCUCUCAGACUGUCGCAAAGAAGAUUGAAAAUAAAAUAAAAUAAAAUAAAUAAACUAUAUAUAAUUUGGCAUACAUGUG